CCGCCCACCGCGCAGGAAGAGAGAAGGAGAGCGAAGGCGGGAAGCGGCGAGAGAGGAGAGGAGAGGAGAGGAGAGGCGGCGCCAUGGAGGCCGCGGAGCCGGUGCUGGAGGCCAAGGAAACCGAGGAGAGAACUCCCCAAGAAAAUCCCAGCCCUUGCCUGCUAGAAAGACAUUUGAGAAGUAAGCCUUUGAUGAGACAAGUGAGAAUUCAGCUCACGCCUGUGCAGCUGAGCAGCGACGGAGAAGGAGAGCGCAAAAGGCAUUUGGCUCAGAAACGUUUGUUGGAACAGUUUUCCAACUCUGAAAUGUGUUCAAGCGACGAACCAACAGCCAAGAAAGUCUGUGAUCACCAUGCUCUGGGGUCCCAGAACAGCGAGGAGGCAGCCUUUAGGGGGGAAUCUCCGGGACGUGCCCCCGUUGCCUCAGAAGACAGCAGCAGCAGCGAUUCGGAGGAUCCGGAGAACGUUGGGAAGGAUUAUGAGGAUGGGUCCCCAGAGCUGUCUGCGUAUGAGAGAAAAAGGCUGAAGAACAUAACAGAAAAUGCAAGAUUUUUUGCUUCUCUAAAAAUGUUUGAGACAGCUGCAAGACUUCGUGAAAUCACAACUAAAGGGAGAUCCUGUGAGAGAAAAAGAGUUAGGCCCCCAAAGUCAGAGCCGGCGACAGCUUGUCGAAGGUCCAUGCGCUUACAGAGAGUGGAUCCCACGGGUCUCCCCUUGCCGGAGCCACAAGCCCAGCCAGAACCCGUGGAAGAACAUCCCCGCUUGCCUCCUGGGCUGCUCCCAAUGGUGCCUGCAGAUCAAGAGCAGGGAGCUGAACGGACCAAAGGAUUCCUGGAGAUGUGGGCAAAAAUAAGCCAGGUCGAACCUAAGGAGGAGGAAAGAAUAACGUGCACUUUGGAAAGCUACCAGUCUAGUCUUCGCAGAAUGGUCCUCAGCAGAGACUCUGUGGCAAAAGUGGUCAGAGACAGGAUUUACUCAGUGGCCGUCCAUCCGUCCGAAAGCAAGACUUUGGUGGCUGCUGGAGACAAGUGGGGACAGAUUGGUCUCUGGGAUUUGGAGUGCGGCUCAGAAGAUGGAAUCCAUACCUUUGUCACCCACAGCAGGCCCGUUAGCUGCAUAGGCUUCUCUCCAUCCAAUCCCGCUCAGCUUUUUUCCCUCAGCCACGACGGGACCAUAAGAUGUGGGGAUGUCACCAGAGCAACCUUUGAGGAGGUGUACAGAAACGAGGAGCAAAGUCUCUCCUCGUUUGACUUCCUGGCCAGCGAUGCCUCCACUUUGCUGGUGGGGAUGUGGGAUGGGAUCGUGGCCGUGGUGGACCGCAGGACGCCCGAAACUUCCUCGGAGCUCUCGGCGGACCUUGAUUCGCUGACGAGGACUGUCCACGUCCACCCGGUCAACAGGCACUAUUUCGUUAUCGCUGGAGCCAGGAAUGUUGGCAUUUAUGACGUUCGGCACCUGAAGAUGCGUGGGAACAAGCCCGUGGUGUCUCUGGCUGGGCACACCAAGAGCGUGGCUUCGGCUUAUUUCUCUCCCGUGACCGGAAACAGAGUGCUGACCACUUGUGCUGAUGAUACACUCAGGAUCUUUGGAACCAAAUGUUUGUCGUCUUUGGCUCCUGCUCUCACAACAAUCAGGGAUGGAUCUGGACCUAACUUGGCAUGCAGAUAAGAGACCUGGAUCAAACUUGGCAAACAGAAGCCCCAUGACUAAUUCAUCCUACUGGAGGGGACUGACUCACCAUGCUGGGAGUUAUAGUUAUAAAACCGCCCUGAGUCCCCUAUGGGUGAGAAGGGCAGGAUAUAAGCAUUUAAAUAAAUAUAUAAAUAAAUAUACCCUGUUUCCCCUAAAAUAAGACAUCCCCAGAAAAUAAGACCUAGUAGAGGUUUUGCUGAAUUGCUAAAUAUAAGGCCUCCCCCGAAAGUAAGACCUAGUAAAGUUUUUGUUUGGAAGUAUGCCCAACGCCUGGCAAACAGAACACCAGAGCAUGCAGGAUCGGGAAAUGUACGUACCAUAGAGUGUUGUACAUGGAAAUAUUGGUAGUAAUAAGAAAUUCUUGAUAGGAUUCACAGUUUGUCUGGUUAUGCUGGUUUAUGAUGACAACUACUGUACUGUAUAUAAUAAAUGUUCAUUUUUUUUUGUUCAACAAUAAAUGUGAAUUCUUCUUCAUGGAAAAAUAAAAGACAUCCCCUGAAAAUAAGAA